CUGAUUUUAUGGAAGUCAAGCCCACAAUGACCCGUAAGCUACGGAGGAGACCAAAUGAUCCAGUACCCAUACCUGAGAAGAGACGGAAACCCUCGCCUGAUAUCCUUUGUUCAAAGUUACAAGCUCUUUGCUUAGAGUUAAAAGUUAAUUUACUCUUGGAAGAUGAUCAGAUACUGGAUGACCUCCACGUCAUGCUGAAGGUCAGCGGGAAGCCGCUUGCAAAAAAGCAGUUUUUGUCUCAACAGAACCUGCAGAGUGAGCCGUCUUCAGAUGUUAGAAUUGAAGAUGGUCGACUGUGGUAUGACAAAAAAUGGUUUCAGAGAAAUUCAAUGGUUCAAGUGGACAGCAAAGAAGGUGCGCCUAGGAUAUAUGGCACAAUUACCAAUAUUGGCAACCAGGAGAUUUGGCUCAAACGAAGUGGAGACAACUCUAAACUGAGGAUUUAUUUAUCACAGUUACAGAAAGGAAAGUACAUUAUAAAGAAAAGGACUAUGUAA